AUGGAAGAAAUUGAUCCACCAGUCCCUUCAGGAGAAGUUACCCCACCAACUACAGUGAGGUCCCAAUUGCCUGCUACACAUGCUCCACCAUAUGCCCCGCCAUCCAUGUACAUGCCAUCGACUCCGGUGCCUCCAGUUUUACCAUCUUCCAAUGAAGCUAUACGCAUCGCAGUGCUCGAAGGCACAGUUAAUCAGAUGACCUCCAACAUCAUUGAACUUAUGGCUUUGCUCAGCGGACCAAACCGUGCCUCUUCAAGUUCCAUCCCGCCUCCUGCGUAUGGGUCAAUGGUUGAUCCGUCUCCUUGGGUCCCACCAACCCUUGCCCCAGAAAAUGAUGUUGUGCCUAUUCCAGCGCCGACACACUUCCCGGCGACUGUUCCACCGUUGACACACGCACCGGAGGUCUGUCCGUCUGUUGCUCCUCUUCCGGUAACACUUUCGGUGACUUUCCCUCCUCCGCCAAUGACGAUAUCGAUAAUUGAUCCAGCUAUGCUUGCGCUUCCUCCGAUGUUAGUAUCAGCCACAAGCACACAUGCUCCUGCUCCCAUCGCUGAGCCAUUUCCUUUCCCAGCUCCACAACCCCAAAUAAGCCUUCCUCACCGAACUCCAUCGAUCCUAAACAUUCCUUACCAUAACCCAGAUACACAAGCUGUGGCUGCCCCUGAAGCUCCACCGACAUAUAUUAUCCCUACUGCGGAGAUAGAACAGGAGCGCCGAAUGAAACGAAUGGAAGAGAUGAUGAAGGCUCUCCAGGAAAGUGACUCUCGUUAUGACACGAGUUACUUGGACCUGAAUCUCUUUCCAAACAUGAGGCUACCUCCAAAGAUCAAGAUUCCCGACUUCGACAAGUAUGACGGGACCACAGACCCAAAGCCACAUCUGCAAGGCUAUCGAAACCGCAUGAUGCCGUACUGGGGAUAUGAACAGUUUAUGAUUCAAACUUUUCAGGAAAGUUUGAAAGGAGCAGCACUCAGUUGGUUCACCUCUCUCAAAGCAGCGGACAUUCCCACUUGGGAUGAACUCACUAAGAAGUUUGUGACCCAGUAUGGCUACAAUACUGGCAUAGCUCCGUCCUAUCUCGAGUUAAGCGUCAUGGAAAUGCAAGAGGAGCAAGCCUUUGUGGACUAUGCUACUCAAUGGCGUGUUGAGGCGGCCAAGCACCGUCCUCCGAUUGACGAAGCGAAACAGAUCCAGAUAUUUCAUGGGACCCUCAAGGGUGAAUACUACUCGCACCUCUUGGGACACAUGUCAUCUUUCAACGCAAUGAUAAAGGCUGGCAAGAAGGUUAGCCUUGGGAUUAAACUGGGAAGGAUUGACCAUUCGGUCAGAAAGGGAGAGGGUGAAUCCUCCAAGAAGACAGCCGUCACUGCUGCUUCCUCCCACAACAGGAAAGGCAAAGAUGCUAAUGUUAGCGUGGUGAACCCGGGGCACCCCAGCCAUCAGCAAUAUGCAGUUAAUGUCGCUCCGUCAUUUCCACUACCCCCACCGGCUUCGAGAAUUCCUCACCCGGCCCAGGGAGCCCCAACACCGCUAACCCAGCAGGGUAACAGGGGCCAGGUCAGGCCUCGACCUCAGUAUCUACCUCUUCCUGUUCCUCAGUCAAACAUAUUCCGUCAACUUCUUGCUGCCGGAAAGAUCAACCCGGAAGCCCCCAACGAGAAUUUCAAUCCUGCAAAUCUGAACCAGAACCUUUGUUGUGAAUACCACAUGGGUCCUCCAGGACACACGACCGAUAAUUGUUACACCCUCAGGGGCAAGCUGCAGGCACUGAUCGAUAAGAAGUUGCUCUCGUUCAACGAGGUGAAGCCACCAAAUGUUCAGAUCAAUCCUCUCCCUGACCACGGCUCCAGCUCAGCCCGACUGUCAACAUGA